GGCCGAGGGGGCUGAGGUGUGGUUCUGCGCGUGCGCAGGCAGUCUGUUGACUCCGGCGGUCAGUUGUGUAGAGUGGAGCUGCGCAAUGCGGAGGCUGUCGGUAGUGCUGGGCCACCUGGCUGGCAAGCCCGAUCCCGGCUGGACGCUGCAGGCGGCGCCUUGCGCUACCGGCGCCCCGCAGGCCUCGGCCGCGGACGUGGUGGUGGUGCACGGGCGGCGCACCGCCAUCUGCCGGGCGGGCCGCGGCGGCUUCAAGGACACCACCCCCGACGAGCUUCUCUCGGCUGUCAUGACCGCGGUUCUCCAGGACGUGAAUCUGCGGCCGGAACAGCUGGGGGACAUCUGUGUCGGAAAUGUGCUGCAGCCCGGGGCCGGGGCAAUCAUGGCCCGAAUCGCCCAGUUUCUGAGUGACAUCCCGGAGACUGUGCCUCUGUCCACUGUCAAUAGACAGUGCUCGUCGGGGCUCCAGGCAGUGGCCAACAUAGCUGGUGGCAUCAGAAAUGGGUCUUAUGACAUUGGCAUGGCCUGUGGGGUGGAGUCCAUGUCCCUGGCUGACAGAGGGAACCCUGGAAAUAUUACUUCGCGCUUGAUGGAGAAGGAGAAGGCCAGAGAUUGCCUGAUUCCUAUGGGAAUAACCUCUGAGAACGUGGCUGAGCGGUUUGGCAUUUCACGGGAGAAGCAGGAUACUUUUGCCCUGGCCUCCCAGCAGAAGGCAGCAAGAGCCCAGAGCAAGGGCUGUUUCCAAGCUGAGAUUGUGCCUGUGACCACCACGGUCCAUGAUGACAAGGGCACCAAGAGGAGCAUCACUGUGACCCAGGAUGAGGGUAUCCGCCCCAGCACCACCAUGGAGGGGCUGGCCAAACUGAAGCCUGCCUUCAAGAAGGACGGUUCUACCACAGCUGGAAACUCUAGCCAGGUGAGUGAUGGGGCAGCUGCCAUCUUGCUGGCCCGGAGGUCCAAGGCAGAAGAGUUGGGCCUUCCCAUCCUUGGGGUCCUGAGGUCCUAUGCAGUGGUUGGGGUCCCACCUGACAUCAUGGGCAUCGGACCUGCCUAUGCCAUUCCGGUAGCUUUGCAAAAAGCAGGGCUGACUGUGGCUGACGUGGACAUCUUUGAGAUCAACGAGGCCUUUGCGAGCCAGGCUGCCUACUGUGUGGAGAAGCUACGACUCCCGCCUGAGAAGGUGAACCCUCUGGGGGGUGCAGUGGCCUUGGGACACCCACUGGGCUGUACUGGGGCACGACAGGUCAUCACGCUGUUCAACGAGCUGAAGCGCCGUGGGAAGAGGGCAUAUGGAGUAGUGUCCAUGUGCAUCGGGACUGGAAUGGGAGCUGCUGCUGUCUUUGAAUACCCUGGGAACUGAGUGAGGCCCAGGCUGGAGGCGCCGCCCACACAGUCCUGCUCUAGCAGCAAGGCAGCAGCACUGCAGAAGCAAAACCGCACGGGAAAACUCAGCACUGGUGGUGGUGGCGGCGGACAGAUCAAGGCACUUCAACUCGUUUGGAAAAUGUGAACACGGCUGACAUGGUCUAGGAGUGGGCGGGGUGUUGAGCCACCCAUCAGACCCUCGUUAGCUGUGCAAGACAAAGGCAGCCUAGGUCACCCAGGCCACAAGGCCACGGUUAAUUCCCAGGGCAAGGCGAAUUCAUGGAUGAGAAGCGCAACGGACAUAGUAAAUGUGCAAGAAUUUA